CGUGUUUCAUUUCAUCUGUGACCUCCGAAAAGCCCUUGUUUCCAACUUUAAUGAUGUCACUCCGGUUUAAGCUUGUAUUUUUUACCCCCAAAACUCACACCGCGGUGAUCCUGAGCACGCUGUUCAAACAAUGCCCUAAUGUACUCGGUAAGAUCGGUCAGUAUGAGGAAUGCGCAUUCAUCACUCCUGGAGUCGGACAGUUCAAGCCAGGGCCUGACGCUCGGCCUCUUACUGGAGAGCCUGGCAAGCUUGAAUACGUGGAUGAGGAUAGGGUAGAAAUUGUGGUCAAUGAUCAAGGGGACAAAGUACAACUCAAGCAUGCGAUAAGUCAUUUGAAAGCGGUUCAUCCGUACGAAGAGGUUGCAUAUGAUGUCUACAGACUUGAAGACGUUUAGGUCAUGCAAACCCUUACUUGCCUUUGUUUCUCGGACGGCGGCUUGUUGU